UCUAUAGCAACUGCUGGCGCUGGGGUCCUUACGUGACAGUGCGAGUUUGAAGUCGUCGGCGGGAAAUUACAGCUUCUUUUAUUUUGUAUUUUUUAUAUCGAUGUUUUGUUUUUAACUAAAUUCAUGAACUAAGUUUAACCAAUUAAACUUUAAACCACACAGUAAAAGGCUGCGUGUACAAUUCCAUAGCCACCGCACUUUUUUAUUUCCAGUUUAGUAAGUUACCAAACUGCAAUAACGUUAACUUAUUUAACUCUAGUGAUAUCUGUUUAUAGUGACGAGAAGCUUUUAAUCAGGCUUUUAGUUGUUUGUUUUUAUCGUCGAACUGUCAAAGUUUUAUUUUGUUGGAAACAUUGCAUGAGAAUGCAGUCCUCCAAGUUUGUUAUAAAGUGUGGGAAUUUCGCUGUGCUGGUGGAUCUUAAUGUAUUGCCCCUAGGCAGCCAAGACAAUGCCAGCUGGUUCUCUGCGGAGCACAGGAAGGAAGUGGGCUCUUUGAUAAGAGAUUCAGUGGAGCAGAAGGUGAGGCAGUUUCAAGAGGCCAGAUACCAGAAGAUCCAGCCCAAACCGAAGAAAGAUCUCACCCUGAACACUCCGCUCUGUCUUGAAGGUGAGAAUGUUCGCGUGCAGGUGUACUUCAUGAAACGACACAUCAACCUGAGGUGCAUUGUCAGGCAGCACUACCGAGAGUUGCGUGUAUUUCCUGAACGUGUUGUUGUGUGUGCCAGUCCUCCGGAGAAUGCUCUUCCCAAUGGAAAUCUGAACCAGGAUGCGACUCAACAAAGUGGACAAAGCAAGUCAAAGUAUUUUUCCAGUCCCGGUGAAACCAAAGAUCCAUUACCCAGCUCGACAGCUACAAAAAGGGCUGUCCUUCAGAAGAUUGCCAGGCAGGCUAACACCCAGACACGACAGCGGAGAGAUGAACAACUAUCUGCUCAGCCUCAGGUAGAUACGGUGACCGGUGAAGGGAACUGCCCUGCAUUGGUAUCAUCUGAGUGUUUGUUUGGUGUAGAGGACAUAAAAGCUACGUCACUACCUGAAUUGACUAAAAAUUAUAAAGAGGUGAGUGAGAGUGCAAAGAGCUUUCAAAACACCGAAAACCACUUAAAGCAGGUCUGUCCAGACACCGAACCAUGUCCUACUAGCGUGAAGAGGAAACAACAAACCUCUAACUACACUGAAAACCAAAAAGCAAAAAGAUUGCGUCUUGGAGAGGUUUCAAUAUCGAGCGAUUCCAACAGGCCAUCUUCUGACAUCCCCACACAAGCCUUCUCACGCAGUUCCCAUGGUGUAGCCCAACCAGAGAUCAGACUGGAAGAGGAGGUGCUUACAGAUGGAAACAGUACCGCCGUGCAGACUAACCAGAGCAGGCUGGCCGCAAGGCUGAGAGGCCAAUCCGCCAAGCCCGUGUCCUCUGGCUCUUCUAUUAGUUCCAGAUCGGCCGCCAGAGAGGAGAGGAGGGGGAGCGCGCCCAGAACAUCCCGAUUACGCCGACUCAAGAAGUCCUGAGGGACAUGGCAACAAAGAAUGGGAGCGGAUAUCUGACGCCACCAAGAUGGAUGCUACUGUACACAGUUGUACCGUAAUGCUGUCUGUCAGCACUGGAGUUCACAACACAGUCUCUCACGCAUGCUUAAAGGAACAGAUCACCCCAAAUAAAAAUUCUGGUAUUAUUUCAUCUUCAUGGUUGUUUCAAAACUCGUAUCACUUCCUUUUUUGUGUGCAUUUUUGAAGAAUAUUCUGGGAUGGACAGGAUAUAAUGAAAUAUAAUAAAAGUGAAGUGAUAGUUUAUCUAAAAAUAAAAUUUGGGUCAUUAUUUACUCACCCUCAUGUUGUUCUGUGUGAGUUUCUUUAGUCUGUUGAACACAAAAGAAGAUAUUUUGGUAGAGAGUUGAUGGUACCCAUUGACUUCCAUAGUAUUUGUUUUUCCUACUAUAGAAGCCAAUGGGUAUUGUCAACCAUCAAAAUAUCUUCUUUUAUACAACAUGAGGGUGAACCAUCCCUUUUAAAUCAUAAUCAAUAUAUAGAGCAAGGAUAUUCUGCACAAAUACACAUAAUGUCUCACAUAUUGAGUGAAUUUCUUUUUGCCUUUAGAGUAAAAUGAACACAAACAUCCAUUCCCGUAUUACUGAGCACUACAAGCUCUCAAAUAUUUGAAAAGUUUCCACUUGCACCGAUUUUAUCCGAGCAAAACCAAAACUCACACAGACUGUAAACAAAAACAUGCAGCACCAACGUCGAUUGCAUUUUCUGAGUAAGAACUGAAUAUCAGACCAGCGGGAGCCGCUGAGCGCGCUGUGGCUUCCAGCCCAAAUCUCUGGCUCCAUCCGUCUGAAAUCUCAAGUCUUCCAGAUUCAGCCGAGCACAUGAUUGAUUCAGCUGUGUUCUCACAUACAUACAGAGAUCCUCAAGUGAUCGGGGGUUUUCACUGUUGGAGCUGACUGUAGUCUCCCUGUGGUUAUCAUUCGUGUGCGUGUUAUUGCCUUUCAUUACAGCCAGUCUAAAGUGAGAUGACUGACAACAUUAAGGGAUGCCAAACUGCUUUUGUCUGAUAUCUGGCUGCAGUCAACUUUAAUAUAGUGUGUAAUGGCUGGCUGAUUAUAUGUAUGGACAUAAAUUCAUUCGCUUUUUCAGCCACGCUUACAAAUCUCCACAUUCACUCCAGAUUUGUUUUUGGUAUAACAGAUAAAUAUGUCAUAAUAACAUCAUUGCCAGAACAUCAUCAGAAUGCACAAACAAUUUGCUGUAAUAAUACCGCAACGGUUCAGUCAAAACAUUUCAGUUUUUGCCAAAGCAACAAAAAUGAGAAUUUGAGAUAAAAUGACUGGAGGCUGGUUAGGAUGUUUUAAGCCAUUUUAUGUUCUGUAAUAAAUUUUGAUUAUUUAUUUGAAUU